UAUUACAGAUAAGCGUCGUCGCACAGCCUGACAAGAAUUUUGUCCCGAUUUAUUAACGAACCACUGCUGUUUCGCUUUUGUUGGCUAGAGAGAGUGUAAUCGAUAUCGAAAAAGGCUAAAGGACAGCGAAUAUAUACUCUUGAUUUGCGAAGAACCCUUGAACUCUGAGCUAUCUGUUCUUACAAAACUGGGCGAUGAUUUGGUUGCUUCUAUUUGCACUGGCCUUAGUUUCUGGGCAGGAAAAAAUUCCUAAAAUAUUCAAAGACGCCGACGACGUUUACUCCUUCCCGGAUAAUUUUCAAAGAUUGCGAGUGGAAACAAACGAUGUCCCGUCCGCGAAUUACUAUUGGCUGAAAGAUGACAAAAAGAUCACAGGGAAAACUGAGCCAAAAUUUCUUCAGUAUGACCAACGAAUAUUGAUGCCAGAAACUAAAGACAAGAAAUAUGCUGGAAAAUACCAGUUUGUGAUGGUAACAGAUGCUGGAACAAUCAAAGGAAGAGAAGUCAAAGUUGAAUUUACUUAUGCUGGGGAAUUUGACCAAACCGUCCCCCCAAACCGGACAGAAGAUGUCGUUGUUGGUCAGGCAAAUUUUAUCAAAUGUCCAAAGCAUGAACCUGGUUCAAAUGUAAUCUACAAAUGGGGAAAAUCGACUGCCAUAACUGGAACAAAGUUUUUAGAGAUCAGACCAAACUAUAUAGUUUUGGAUGACGGAACAUUGUUCUAUUCGCAUCUUACUGAAGAAAAUGCAAAUCAAUUCAAUAAAUACGGGUGGGUAUGCGGCAUGGAGGCAAAAGUUGGUGACAAGAAUCAAUUCGGUUGGGCUGAGCAUGUAAUAACAACAUUCAAAAUAGUUAACACAAACACGACAGAAUUUGGGCCAAAAAUUGUCACGAGGCUGCCGCAGAACAAACGAUUUCAGGAGGGAGACACCAUAUCAAUGAAAUGUGCCGCCGCUGGAAGACCAACUCCUUCGUAUUCAUGGAAGAGAAUUGAUGUUGAGGGCAAAGAACAUGCAAUUGUGAAUGGCAAAGGUGGCAUGAAAUUUGAGGACGGUGAUGCCAGACUCCUUGUCCUGAAUUCUGCAAAAAGAGAGCAUUCAGGUCGAUAUUUCUGCACGGCUUCGAUUGGGAACAAAAAUGAUACUGUCGAGGGUUCUUUAACGUUUGAAGUUGAACCAAAAUGGGUUGGUAAGGACAUCGAAUCUGUGGAGCCGUCAAUCUAUACCAGUCAUUCAUGGACAUGCAAUGCCACGGGGUUCCCGGCGCCGAAAUACAAAUGGUAUAAAAAUGGUGAUCAAAUCCAAAGCAGCAAGACGCAUGUAAUUGAUAAAGGGACAAUUACUUUUCCAAAUUUGACACAAGCUGAUACUGCCAUGUAUCAGUGUGUAGCUGAGAAUACCAUGGACAAUAUCUAUCAAACUGCAUAUUUAGAUGUUCAAGCUGAGAAACCUGUCUUCAACAUGAACACUGGCAAGACAACACUAUUCCUGGGGGCGAAAGGGACGAUUAAAUGUCAUGCUAAAGCUGCUCCUGCUGCUAAAAACACGUGGGAGAAAGAUGGAGUCAAGAUAAAUAUAUCUUUCUCGCGAUAUACACUGGUUAACAAUGAACAUCUUGUCAUAGACCCAGUGAAGAAACAAGAUAUAGGCAAUUAUACAUGUAAAGCUAAGAAUCUUUAUGGUGAAGAUGUAAAGAAGAUCAUUGUUCAAGUUGUUGGAGAAGUCACUUUCAUCUCGGAACCGAACGAUGUCAUCGCAAAAAAGGGGGAAUCGUUUAAAUUGAAAUGCGAAGCUGAAGGUGACAAAGACAGUUCCUUUAGGGCCACAAUCAAAUACAAGUGGAAGUACAAUGAUAAAGAUAUUGAACUCAAUGAUACCAUUGUUUGGUCUGAUGACGCUCAUUCCUUAGUUUUCCUCAAUGCGCAGGUUCGUCAGAGUGGAAAGUAUACAUGUAUAGCAUAUAUCGACAAGCCAUCUUAUGCUGAAAAAAAAAGCUCUGCGAAAGUUGUUAUACGAGGUCCGCCUGAGGCACCGAAUAAAGUGCAAAUCGAAGGAGACUGCAGCAAAUUCUCCGCGAAGUUAACAUGGAAUAUACCGGGCAACAACUAUGAUCCAAUCAAACACUUCAUCAUAGAGACGGCCACCACUUAUGAUACGGAGUGGCAUAAAAAUGAAAGCGACCAUAUCGAUCCAAAUUUGAAAGAAAAAACGAUCAAAGGUCUCUCGCCCUGGACCUCUUACCGAUUUCGUGUGCUAGCGUUUAAUGCAAUUGGCCAAAGUGAUCCAAGUGAACCUACGGAAUUAAAGAACUGUAAAACCCCACAGAAAGCACCAUUCAUUUGUCCUGCGGUUGAAGCUAUACCAGGAAAAGCGAACGAAUUGACCUUGAAAUGGAAGGAAAUUAAAUUAAUGGAACGAAACGGUGAAUCUUUUCGCUACCUGCUGCAGUAUUGGCCAGAUGCAUCACCUGAAAAACGUCGGAACAAAACUUUCAAUCCCGUCCAAUUAGAAUUUGAAGUUCCUAAUGCUGGGUAUUAUCAACUGUGGAAGUUUCAGAUUCAAGGAGUAAACAAAGUCGGCGCUGGACCAUACUGUACCGGGCAAUCUCGUUCUGGACAAAAUGCUCCAACAGUUGCUCCUACUAAACUAACUGUGACGGAGUCUGGCGCCACAUAUAUUGUAUUGGAGUGGGAAGCAAUUUCAUUAGAGAGAGGAAGUGUCGAUGGUUAUCAUAUCACAUACUACACAGACUCGGAAGCCUCAGAUUCGCGGCGAUCUAUUAGCGCAAAUGAUUGUGAUCGAAAGAGUCCUUGUGUGCGCAAUGUUAUUGGCGGGAAUACGAAAAUUACUCGCCUAGACGGUCUUCUCCCAUACACAAACUAUCGAAUCUCUAUAUACGGUUAUAACAGCGGGGGCAGAGGCCCAGAAGCCAGUACAUCUUACAAAACAGAUCCAGACUUGCCAGGUAUCCCGGAAGUCGAAGUUGAAGCAUUUGCGAGAUUUGUCGAAGUUUUUUGGAAGAAACCUAAACAGCCUAAUGGCGAGAUUACUGGAUAUGAAGUAGAAAUUGAUAAGGACGCUGAUCCCAAGGUCGUAACUCUUGGUCCGACUUCUAUGGAGCACACGUUCGGUGGAUUGGAACCAAACAAAAGUUAUGUUGUAUCUGUCCGAGCAAAGACUGCCGCUGGAUUUGGGCUGAAAAAAAGAUACCAUGUUCAAACCAAGUUACCUAUACUUCCUGGCAAACCUAAGAUUCCUAUAGUAAAGGGCAUCGGAGAAGAUGGAGUAAACGUGACAUUCCGAAGAAAUAAAUCAGGAGGAUUCCCAGAAAAAUUUAUUGUUCGCUACCGUAUUAAAGAUGGAGGUGAUUGGAAUGAAACAGAUCCUGUUCCAUUGUACGGGCCAAACAGCAAACCCUAUGUGGAGAUUUUCGGGCUAGAUAAUGAUAAGGAAUAUGAAAUAUCGACGUUUGCUGUUAACGAAAAAGGUCCAAGUGAAACGAGCGAUAUUGAAACUGUGAAACCAGGACAGGAGGAGGGUGAAACUCCAAUAGCUCAAAGCAGCCCAAUUUACAAACGUUCAUGGUUCGUGGCGAUGGUGGUUAUUGUCUGUCUACUCCUCAUCUUGCUUCUCAUUGCUUUACUCAUCACAAGAAAGAGAGGCGAGAGGUAUCCUGUUGGUAAACGUGAGAAAAAGAGAGCUGGAAUUCUGGACGUUGGCGAAGAACCAGAUUACAACAUGUAUCCGAUGAAACCAGCAAGACCAAACGGUAAUGGUAUAAGUAGGCAAGACAGUGGAGUCUCCGAUCCAAACCGUGAUCCAGAUCGUGACAGCUUAGACGAUUACGGAGAAGAUCGCUUUGAUGAAGACGCGGCUUCUUUGAUUGGCGCAUAUAAUGAUGACAGAAGACACAACAAGGCUGUUGAUGAACCGGAAUUUGUAUAGCUGACUUUGGUAAAGAAAAGUUAAGUGGUGGUUUCAUUGACUCAAGUUAUGGUCAAGGACUGUGGAAGAUGUUUACGGCUAAAUGGACGCCAAAAGAGGGCGUUUUUAACUGUACAGUAUAUACCUUUAGUGAAAACAGCGCCAUUCCAAAUGUGAAUUAAGGAAGCUUUUAAGGCUUGCUCGAGGAUUUUUUCACACUAAAUAGUGGAUACUGGACAUAAUUCUUUACUAUAUACAUUUUUAUAAAAAAAAGUAGCUGAAAUUUUUUAGAUGAUUUUUUUUAUUUCAACUCCUACUCCUAAGCAAUGUCUCUCAAUGUGACAGUAAAUUUUGCGUAAUGUAAUAUUCGUGACCUGCAGGGGCUGGUUGUAUAAAACUCUUUAACUACAUUUUGCAUAGUUAAAUCCUAGUUAACUCCGAAAUACACGACUCUGAUUGGCCAAUUCUGUCCUUAACUACAGUUAAAAGUUAACUAGUCUUAUACAACUGGCCCCAGGCUGAAGCUUUGCCGGAAAUUCUUUCCCAUCAAGCUAUACGUUGGUAUAAAGGCGGUGUUACACGUUCCUUUUUCAUGGACUUGCAAUACAACAUCUACUACUUUUGAGAGAUGUAAAUUUGGCAAAACUUUUGUGUUUAUCACACUCCAUGGUCGUUCCUUAAACUUACAUUUUGAAGACUCUUCACUAAUUUGUAAGAAAAAUUGCACCGUGUAACAUGGCCUUAACAGACCACAUGCCACCUUCGCUAAUAUACGAAAUAUCGUGUUACGAGUUAAAGUGUUGUAGUGAACAUAAAACAUUCCAUUAUACAUUAUACAUUAUAGUAAUUUAAAGACAUUUUGGUAUAAGUUGUUUUGCCAAAAUAUUCUGGUUAAUGCAGGAUACAUAUACUUCCAUGCAGCUAGUGACCUUGGUUUAUUUAAGCUAAUCUAUAUGAUUCUAAGGCUAAUUAUAAUUAGUCUGUAUAUUGACGUAUAUAAGCUUGUAAUGUUUAUAGUUCCAUGAGAACUGGAUGAUCAAUCGAACAGAAUGUUCAAAGAAACUGUAGAAAUUCUUAUGGGUAUUUAUGAUAAAUAAAGAUGAGAAACUUGUA